AUGGCCACCAACGUCGACGAUGCUGACCAUAAUGACAGCGGCAGUGGCAGCGACAGCGACUCCGUCGACACCAUCGACUUUGACAAUCUCGACCUCGACCGUUUCGAGGAUGAGGACGAUGAAGCAGCAGCGAGGCUUCCUCCGAUACUGCUCAGGAGACCUCUAGCCUGGGGGGCGGAAACCAACCGUAAGUUUGUCGCCAUCCUGUCCCUCCUCGAAAUUCCCGACUCCGAGUCUGACGAGGAAAACGAGAGUUGGGCAGAGUGUUCUUCGACCCUACCUCUUGAAAUUCCCAACUCCGACUCGGAUCCCGACUUCCAAUUGUAG